UACUAAAACUAGUUUCUCGCAGCUCAGACUAGAGUAGCGAGUAAGUACAACCCCACCACUCUCAAGCAGGAGAAAAUUCACUUGAGAGAGACACAAGGGUUAAGGUCUGACUCGUUUCGGUCAUGUUUCAGCCUAACAACCAGGCGUUAGGCAUCCAAGAUUUACUGCCUAUGACGGAUGGGGGUCAGAAUAAUUCCUUUAUGGUCGGAAGAGAUGAGAUGCAAAACGGAGCACUUUGUAUGGAACAAUCGGUCUUUGAUAAUUCUAAGAAACUUCAGGCUGAUCUUCAAACGCUUGGCCUAAGAGUUAAACAGCACGAAGACAAUAUAAAAUUCUUAAAGAGUCAGAAACACAGCAUGGAUGACUCAAUUCUGGAUAUGCAAGUUGCUCUUGGCAAGCAUCACUCAUCAAGUUUGUCCAUGACCGAAAACGAGGACCUGUCACACUUACACAGGGAAGAGGAGAUAGUGGAACAUAUUUUACGGCAUGAGAAAUCUGCAGCUGGCAUUUUGUGCAAGCUAAACACUCCUCAUGAAACUCUGACUUCUGAUAUUACGCUGACAAAGGAUGUGCUUGGGAUUGUUGCUACACUUGGCAGAGUAGAUGAUGUUAACCUUAGCAGGCUGCUCUCAGAGUACUUGGGGAUGGAAACUAUGUUGGCAGUUGUCUGCAAGACCUACAGUGGUGUUAAAGCACUAGAAACGUAUGAGAAAGAUGGGUCUAUAGUUACUGGUCUUGGCCUUCAUGGACUUGGAGCUUCUAUUGGGAGGCCAUUGGGUGGCCGAUUUCUUGUCAUUUGUCUUGAACACCUUAGACCAUAUGUUGGGCAGUUUAUAGCUGAUGACCCACAGAGAAGGCUUGAUCUUCUAAAACCAAAAUUACCUAAUGGCGAAUCUCCACCUGGAUUUCUUGGGUUUGCUGUGAAUAUGAUUAAUGUUGAUAGCAUGAACCAAUGCUGUCUCAUGACCACUGGGCAUGGUCUUAGAGAGACUCUCUUCUACAGUCUCUUCUCACGUUUGCAAGUUUACAGAACAAGGGCAGACAUGCUAGAUGCUCUCACUUAUAUAAAAGAUGGAGCCAUAUCUUUGGAUGGUGGGAUAAUAAGGAAUACGGGUGUGUUUUCCCUGGGAAAUAAAGAAGACGUAGAUGUGAUAUUUCCGAAAAUCUCUGGGAGCUCAAAUCUACCUGAGAACUAUUUUGAAACCGAAAAUCGGAUAAAGGAGAUGCAAUGGAAAAAGGAAAGAAUUUUGGAAGAUAUGCAGAGAGAACAAGGUUUAUUGGAUCUUAUAAAGUUCAACUAUGACAUAAAGAAGCAAGAGUUUGUCAAGCUCCUUGCAAAAAGCUCGUCGAAUGACCCUCAGGUUUUAACCAUCAAUGACUCAUAACUGGUGGAAUACAGUGGUAGUAAUGACCUCAUUGAUGUAGGAACAAAUGACUUCUGUCAUUGUGUUUGUGUGGCUGGUUGCAGAAGCAACGCCUUACAGGGAAAGUCCUCUUUGGAAAUUGUUGUUUAUUCCAAUGUAGUUGGUAUCAGAGUCAGGUUCAUGGUUGGCGGGAGCAACACUAAUCCGAGGGAGUGGUGGCUUGUCUGGAGGAUAAUUUUGGUUCCCCACAACCACUGAGAUGUUGAUGAUAUCUCAGUGCAGCUUGAAAGGCUUAACAAAGCUCUUUUGUCAAUCUGUUUUGAUGUUCUAUCAUAUGAAUUCGAUUUCUCAUUGCUGAGGUGGGAAAGUGGAUGAAUAUUUGUAUUAUGUUAAAAAUCAUUAGGUUCUGUUUUUAUGUUGUAUCUCUUAUAUAUAAGUUGUAAUUCUGGACAAAGUAUUAUAAGUUGCGUUGAG